GAAAUACUCAUGCAUAAACAUUGCUCCUCGUCAGUCGUGAAGUACUUGGUUGUUUCUGAAAAACAUUAUUGCUGCACUUUAUACUCAUGUGAAUACUAAAGCCAUGAUGAAUUUGGGUAGAAGCAUAUGGCGAGUGGAGCUAUCAGCUAUUGUUAGAGAGUCAAUGCGGAUGUCAAGUUGUCGGCGGAGACACCUCGGCUCGGACGGACAUGGCGAUGUUCGGAGGGGAGGAAGGGAGUCAGGGACUGAGGCGUGCAUGCAAGCUGGCACCUGGGGGCGACGGCUCUCGUCACCCGGGGGAUCGGGGACACGUAGGCAUUGGGAGCCCGCACCGGAGUCCUUUCUCUCCUUCAGUGCCUGGAGAGCCUGGGAAAGGCAACAAGGCCCCAACAUUUGCAAGAUUCACCCGCAGUCCCCACGCCGAGUGGGAUCCUUCUAUUCCAGGUUGAAAGGCCGAGUGUGGCAGCUUGGAGCCAGGCCAAAAGAAAAAAGUUUCCCGUCAUUUCCUGAGGACGAAGCUCCCAAGGCGUGCCAGGCUGUGGUGCUCCAAUUGAACCCGAGCGUGGACCCGGUGUAUCCCGGAGAGAGGAGCUCAUCCAAAUCGAGACUAGCGCAGCGAGCGUACAUCCCGAGCAAAACUGCUCACUUCCUCCUAAGUCCUCCUCCAACUUUCAACCAUCACCUCUCCACUCCCAUCCGAAGUCGCCCUUAAUCAUCUGUGAAGAUGUUCAAGAGGUUGGUACCAACUACCUGAUCGACUUUUUGAACCAUAUCGUGUUCAAUUGGCCCCAAUUGAGCUAACCGGUCCCUCGCAGCGGCAUUUCCUCCUUCGCCCGGGCGGCUCGCCCUUCCUUUGCGGCGACCGCUCCUCGCGCCAUCAGACCUUCUACCUUCAGAUUCCCUGCCU